AUGGGUCGUGCACGGCGACAAGUCGUCGAGAAGCCAGCGCUGGCUCCGCUGCCGCCGCCGGUGCCAGCACGAGAAGGGGGCGCGAUGGGGCCGUUGGCGCGCAUUGCCACGACUGCUGCCGCCGGAGCCGAUGCUGCCACUGCGACUAAGACCGCUGCUGCCGCUGGUGCCAGCGGCUGGGGCAGUGGGAGAGGUAGUGUCCUGGACACCGCCAUCGCCUACGUGACCAGCAUCAGAACGCCAUUUGGAAGGAACAACGGCGCUGCUGAGGCUGCCGCCGAGAACACCAGCCGAAACGGACGUAGGGAAGCCACCACGGCCGGGACCGACGCUCACAGGGCGGUCGUCGAUAGCCAGAGGACGUUGCUGCUCAACCGCCUGCUUCUUCCACCAGGCAGGGUAUCCGUGGAACAACCCCAGAAGAUAGCAUAA